AUGAAGCGGUUCGAUGCGAACUUUGAAGCAGAUAGACAUGUGCUCGUGCCUCGCGUUUACGCAAGCACAGAGGCGGUGCUCGUCAUGGGCCUUGCGGAAGGCACGUCACUGUCAAAGUGGGUGAAAACAGAGAAUGAUGUGAAGAAGCGAGACGACGUACACGCGUUGCUCGUAGAUAUGAUGGCCAAGAUGGGCAUGCAAGACAGGUUCAUGCAUGGCGACCUGCAUCCUGGCAACCUCUUCAUCAAGAUUGAGGAGGAUGGGGCGCCAACA